AUGGACUCUUCAGCUGGCCCUUCUGAAUAUGUGUCUUUGGUCUCGGGCGAUGGAUUUGAAUUUGUCAUUCCCCGCAGCACGGCUCGUAUCUCAGGGACUUUACGUCGGAUGUUGGAAACUUCUAGUAGAUUCGCCGAGGCCCAGUCAGCGCGCUGCGAACUGACGAAUAUCAGCGGGAUAGUCCUGGAGAAGGUCUGCGAGUACCUUUGUUACAAUGAAAAGAACAAGAAUGAGAUAAACGUUCCGGAUAUGGACAUUCCCCCAGAGCUGUGUCUGGAGUUGCUGAUGGCCGCGGACUAUCUGGAUGCGUGA